AUGAGCGCAAAAACGACGCCCAGGAGCAUUCCAACACCUCUCGGUAUCAAAGCGUCGUCGAAAUCGUCCAAGCUCGGGCGAUUCCCUGCGGUACCGAUGAGGAAAACGUCGCGUAAGUGCGAGUACUUUGAAUCCGUUUUAGACGAAUUACGACGGCGAAGUUUACGAGGAAUAUCUGAAGAAGGUUUGUCGCUCGUUGAGAGAGAACGAACGGCGUUCGAGGAAGUGCGUCGAAGUCAUCGUCGUCUUUCUGCGCGCGAUGAUGAGGACAAAAACGAGAGGAGAAGACAACGAAAGCGAAGAAGCUUGUACGUGACGCUGAAGAACGAGAAUUUGUACAACUUGUACGCGAUGGAAACCAUGGCGUGUAGUACCACCGGCGGGAUGAAUACUUCAGAUGAUGAUGAAGGAAAAGAAGACAACAAAAACGACUACGUUGAAGAUGAUUUCGUAUUCUUCGACCAGCUUUCGAUUGGUCUGUUCAUGGCUCAAGAUUCGCACGGUUCCGCGUUCACGCGAAACGCGGCGUCGCUCCGGGCGAAAGUCGAGCCGAUUUUUAGCGAGACGAGUUGGGAGACGUUCGCGGAGAGGUUAGAGAAGACGUGCAGCGAUGGGGUUCUUCCGGGAAUGGAAAUGGAAGGAGAAGAUUAUAAUCCGCCAAUCGCUUUGAUUUACGAAACCGUGGCGAGAUUUCAACGAAGAGAAGAAAGUCAAAGGAAACCGUCGGACGAGCUGUUGCAAUUUUGUACGAAACGAGUGAAACAGUUAUCGCCUGCUGAUGUUGGGUAUAAAUACGGCGUUCGGGCGACGUUUACUGGAGUUGACCCGCGCGAACCAGACGUCGUUCGAGCGAAGGAGCACGCUUUGCGCUUUGUUAUUUUAGAAACGGAAACGGCGUAUACGUUUGCGCUCGCUUCCUACGCGCCAGAUACGAGCGAAGCACACUCGGUGGUGAAAUCCUCUUUGGCGUGGGCGCAAAAACCGGCCAAUUAUAGCAGCGGGACGCGAUUUGAAGUCGCGAGAGCUUUAGUGAAUACCGUCGCGGCGACGUUAGCGAGUCCAAAAUCGUCGACGAAACUUUCCGAGAUUACAUUCUUGGAUCCGUUCUGCGGAUCCGGCACGCUGUGCGUCGCGGCGAAACAGCUCGGAUUUGGAAACGUCAUCGGAAGCGACGCGACGGGACAUUUGAUUGAAAAGAGUCAAAGAAAUGCGCGUUGGUUUUUUGGUGCCGCUUCCGGCGCGCAGGCGGUACCUUCGGAGCAGGCCUCGUCCUCGGGAAGUCCUUUCCCGAGAUUUCAACAAGCGAACGCGUUUAUCCGAACCUCGUUUACAUCCGACCCGAGUAAAACAGUCGUCGUCUCGAACCUUCCGUUUGGUCGUAACGUUGAUUUUGUCGCACCACCGCCAGGGGAUGAACGUCGUUCUUCUUCGUCGUCGACGACGUCGCAUUUACAGUUGGCGUUGGAAACACUCAAACCGCUCGCUCGCACGCACGCGUUUAUAUCGGGCGUUCCAAUUGGCGAGGAGAUGAUUAAGCUUGGUUACGAAAACGUCAGUCAAAUAGCGUUGGACAGACGAGGAAAAACGUUCAUCGCAAUAAGUUUUAGUAACGACGACGAUACCAUCAUCAAAGUAUCGGACGAGCACGUUUGGUUUACCGUCGAGGAAGCGUUACUUUUCGAUGAGAUUCGCCAAGCGAACGCGAGGAAGCGCGCGGCGAUGAGGAAGAACAACGAUGAGAAAGAAGAAGAUGAGAAAGUCAUUGAAAUCGCACGAAGUAAUCCAAACGCGUUAAAAGUCAUCGUCGAUUUAUCGUACGAACACGACUCCGCCAGAGCUUUAAGAUCUGUAGCGAAGCAACUCUGCGAAAUAACCUCCGUCGGUAAAAAAAGCAAAGGCGAUUUGCGAGUAACUUUCGCCUCGUUCGCCGGCGACAUCAAAUACGAAUCCGAAACUUUCUUCAACGCGGACACGUGGAGCAAGCACGUCGAAAUGCUCCCAGACCCCGCCGAAGAGUGCGACGUCGUCGCCUGCCAAGAAGAAGGUCAAACCAAAAACAACGUCAUCUACCUCUCGCCGGACGCGGAAACUCCGCUCUCGCUUUCCGAACUGCGAGACCCAUCCAAUAUCUUCGUCGUCGGUGGCAUCGUCGAUCUAAAAACCAGAGGAAUGAAAACGAGCAAAAAGAAAGCGUCAUCCUUAGGCGUUCAAAGUCGCAAAUUGCCCGUAAAAACGUUGCGACCGGACCAAACGCACGACGUUCUGAACAUCGACACGGUGGUUAAAAUCUUGCGCUCGGCGUGGACGAUGGACGAACGACAAGAGGAUGAUGAUGAAAAAAAGGGUGGUUUCCAUCGAGCGUUCGAUGAAGUCUUGCCGAAAAGGCAAGGGAAAGAGAAACCAAAGAGACUCAAGAGAUGA